CAGUUCACCAAUCAGAGCAGCAGAGUACCUUAUACAAGGACUGAGCGUUACAUAGACCGAGUGAAUAGGUACUAUGCCAUGGCAAGCUCUGGGAAUGACCAGAUGAACCCCAUAUCACGACCCAAAGAAAAACCAGUCAUCCAUGCCUCCGUGAGUCAGCGAAGCAGGAGCUUUACUUCCUCCCCUUCGCAAAAUCUUCAAUCUGGAUCUGAAACCGAAGGGGGCGCUAGUGUUGAUGCACACAAUACAUCGCAGUCGUCCUCACAGCUGAAUAAGACUUCCUCUGACGUUGCUUUAGAAAAUGCUGUGGUGGAUAAGUUUCUUCGUGUUCAGUCUGGAGACGAGUGCAGCACAUGUUCAAGUUCCAGCGAUUCAGAGGAUGAUGACUUUUAUUACAGACCAGUGAGGCGCCCAGGUGCCCGCCUCACAUAUGUUGAUGACAGUGAUAAAGCCAUGAAGGCAUCCUCUAUGAAAUCCAACACUUUGCCAAAUGGAAGUAGUAAAAGUGGUAGUGGUAAAAGACAUAAGAAUAGAAAUAAAAGUCAGCAUUGCAUAGUCUCUUAAUUUCUAGCCCAAAUGGUUAUUGUUUUGUUUGGGGAAUUCUUGUUGUUUUGUGGCUUAAGUUUUGAUUAAUAUUUGGACUGUGUAUAGUGCAAAGAACAUCUCAUGUUUCAUAAUGAUCAGAAAUUGUUUAAUUAUUUAAAAAAAAAUUAAAGCAAAUGAAAUAAUGAAAGACAAAGAAGUGGAAUUUGUUGUGUCAAAAAAGAGCCAACUUAUAAUACAAUUGUAGCUGUAGAAAUUCUUGACACAACGUAACUUAUUAUGCAUAUACAAGGGGUAGGUUUUUGUACUUGUUGAGACUGCAGAGCUAGGUUACUUGACCAACUUAAAAGACACAUUUGAAGAUUUCUGUAAUUUGCUUUAUUUUCAAUUUUCAAUAUUGACUUGUCGAUAAAAACAUGACUUAAGAUAAAAGCAAUAAAAUGUGCCAUCAUAUCUGCCAAUUCUAAUGACUAUAUUAUAGUUUUCUAACAGGAAGUUGUAUGCACUGUAGCUGGUCGUGGAAAAUCCCUGCAGUGUUUACAGUUCAGUUCAGUAUUUUCCUUUCCAUUUGCUCAGCUUUGUGAGCACUAGUUUUUGACUAUGUGAGUGAUUUGAAGUUGAUAAGCUAUGUUUUUAUUCACAAAGAUGGUGUGCAAAGUUGAAAGCUAACAGAUACAAAUUUAUUACUUUUAAGUUAGUAAAAUGGAAAGCCAUAAGAAAGAAAUACCCCCAACCAUUGUGUUACAGCUAUUGGCUUUAUUUUAAGG